UCUACAUUGGCAUGUAUCCCUGCUGCUGCUACUCUCUAGUCUAGGCUAGUAGGCAGUGCACAGCAGAUCUAACCGUGUGUUCAUACGCUGCUCGUGAGUUGCCCGAGAGGACGUGUUCUCAAUAAGCUCGCAAAAGCGUGUGGCUUGAUGCGCACGUGGAGGACCUUCGUACCACAGGUGAACGGCUGAUGCCGGCCAUGCUCAAAAGGGCGUUUCCCACGGCUAGUGUUGACCAGUUUGGCUUGUUAUCGCUGGCUUACCGAAGAAUUCAGCGAGAUUUCUGUGGAGACCAGGCUGACCAAGGCCAGUGGUGUGAUAUUCCGAACUUUGCGUGGUACACAGUGGGUGGACACAGCAGUCCUCGCUCUUUGAAGAUAGUCCCCUCCUUUUCUAGUUCAGGUAAUUCACAAGGUGACAGAUCGGAACUAACACGUGAAGAGCGAUAUGUCGUACUUGUUUCGCUUCCACGACUUAAUCGGAGGUCUUCAUGUCCCCAUCGACGACGGGAUAGACAAAUUAAACAGAAAGUACACGUCCAUCGUCUUCCUCUUUCUCGCACUGCCUAUCUUCACCAAGCAGUACAUCGGAGAGCCUAUCGAAUGCUUUACUCCAACUUACUUCACCGAUGCCCAGGCUCGCUACGUCAACAGUUACUGCUGGACAGCGUCCACUUACUACCUGGUCGCGGCCGAUGACGAAGAGGACUUGGUUAAUCCUCCUGUGCAGCCCCCCGAUCCCCGAGUUAUCCCAGAAGAGUUGGAUUAUAGCGGUUUUGACAUGUUUUCAAUACAGAAAGAUAAGUUACGGCGAGUACACGUCAGUUACUACCAAUGGUCACCAUUAAUUCUGAUGGUACAAGGUGUGUGCUUUCAUUUACCUUUCAUCAUGUGGAGUGCCUGUGCUCAUAACGCUGGGGUGAAACUACGACGUCUCCUCAAGCGUGCUUCUGAAAUCGCGGCCAUCCCUCCUGGCUGCCAACAGCGGGAAUCUUUGCUGGCGGAAUUCGUGGAGCAGUUCCACACACUGGUGAACGGAAGUGCCGGCUGGUGCACGGACCCCUCGUGUCGAUUGCCUCUUUUGGGGUGUCGCUAUUCUCCUGGCCCGAGCCGUUACUUGUGCCUCUUGUACAUACUUGUGAAAUUCCUCUAUGUCCUCAAUGUGGGCUUACAGUUCUUGCUUCUCAGCUCCUUUAUGGGGAAAGGAUAUAUCCGGCAUGGUUUCGAGAUCUUCAGCCGCCUGAUAGAAGAUGGCAACUGGUGGGUUUCUCCACGUUUCCCAUUACAGACUUUAUGCCAGGUACGCGCAGCCAUGCAAGGGGGCCUGAGGACUUACAUAUGCCGGUGUGUGUUGCCCAUCAAUGUGUUUAACGAGAAAAUCUACUCCAUCGUGUGGUUUUACUUAGCCAUCAUUCUUCCACUUAACACAAUUAGCUUGCUAUUGUGGGUAUGGAGGACCUUUUCUUGCAAUCGUCUGGCCUUCAUCCGACUUUGUCUCUGGCGUUCUAGAAUGAUCAGUAUGAGUAAUGUAGCGCGUGCCUCCAAAAAGAUCUCUUCAAGCUAUUUAGGUUGGGAUGGCACCUUCGUGCUACGUCUAGUGGAGCACAAUCAAGGCAGUGCUAUGGCAACUGUGGUCGUCGGCAAGCUUUGGGAAUUUUACUCGAGCCAACUAAAGGCUCAAGACGAAGGUGGUGGAGAUGUGGAGAUGGCAUCCAUGCCUACAGCAAUGCCAUCAGCACCAUCAUCUUCAUGGCAUUCUUGUCAUGCAGGGGCGUGCCAUGGAGGACAAUACAGCAACCAGACAAUGCCGUCUACAAAACGAGCGGCCCCUGGCGGAUACUGGGGUAAAUGCUCAUAACCAGAGUACAGACAUAUGCACUAAUUUGUAGAAGUUUUGACUUUUUCGGGUUUUAGAACACCUAGAUUCGAGUGUAGAAUAUAAACAAACGAGAAACCUAACAAAAUUGCAACUGGAAUCACUUGUAGAACCUCAGUGAGUAGAAACAAAAUCUAACAUUGAUCUUAUGCUGAAGUUCAGUAUAGGGACAAUCCCCAAAUUGCUAAUUGAAUGACUGAACGAACAAUGAUUAGACAAACUUGAAAGUUUGUUUUAUUAACAAAUUCUCUACUACUCUCAGAGUGUAUUAUUCUAUGUGAACAUAUUUUUAUUAGAUGGCUGAUAUUCUUUAAUACAGCUACUAAAUACAAAAUUUUACAACAAAUCAGAAUCAUUUUUGAGGUAGGGGCCCUUAGGAUACUAUAAAAUUAUUCACGACCUUUGCUUCCAAUUCCAGACAUUUUCUCAUAAGAAAUGCGUGGUUUUAGCUAAAAGUCCCUGGAGUAAACACUGAUAACUUAAGAUGUCCUUGAUAAUUUCAAGAUAAAUAUUUUCUAUCUGUGGAAUCUUCUGAUAAAUUUCAAAAACAACUUUACAUUCCUGUUUUACUUUUUUCCUAAAGAGGACACUUGUGGUGUCUAAAUGUGUAGACAAAUUAACUAUGUAAGAAAUACAUAUGUUGAAGAAUAUUGGAGGAAGUAUAAAAAAGUGUGUGACACCAAAAAUGCCUAUUUAAUUUUUUAAGGAAAUAUGAGCGUUAUAGUUACUUUAAGUUCCAAGAUCUAAGUUGUGUUAGAGGAUUUAUAAGCACUGAAAUAUUGGGAAUAUUGCAGAUAUUUUGUGAAUUUUCUCAGCUUGUGUUUACUCAACAUUUGAGGGAAAACAUUUGUAAUAUCUAUAUAUUAAGUUUUCGGUUAGUACAGUUAUCUUUCCGAAAUGUAACCAGUUUUUAAAUGUUAACAAACACGUUCCAGCGUAUCUUAGAAACACAUUUAAAUUAAAAUGCAUACGAAAUACUCAUGAAUCAGCACGAUGUCCGAUUAAACCUUAAGUAGAGGUCACAGACUAAUGUCAUUAUAACAUUCGGUCAUAUCUGAGCUAUAGCACAACUUUUAUAUUUAUCCGUGUUUCAUGUGUAGGGAUGCGUUGUUUGCUUUUUGCACACCCAAGUAUUAACCAGAACUCUGCAGUCACUUUAACUAAAACACUUUGAAUAAAAACUUUGUGUUUAACCAACUUACUUGGGAAAGUACAGUUCAUGAUCGUCCCAAUUUUGAAUUCUGUCAUGCAAAUCGGUUGGUGAACAAAAUGUUCAAGUAACUCGUAGGUUUAGUAAUAUACAUAACAUUGGUUUGGUUUGUAUUUUUUACAAUUCUCUGUACCAUUUUGUGAGAUUUAUCUAAAAAAUUAUUCGAGUCAAAGAAAUGAAAAUCUCAGUCGUACUAAAAACAUAAAGCUCCUUAGAUUAACGAGAGGUGAACAAUAUUAGUCAUUGGGACCUUGAAGGAAAACGCCUUAUCACAUUUCUGUAUAUUUUAAAUUCAGAAAAAUUAAAUAAAAUUAAGACAUAAACAUGCAAAUAUAAACCCUGUAACACUCACUAGAUUGAAAUCCACAUGUAAUGGACUAAACGGUCAGGAUAAAAACCUGACGUGCGAACCAGGUAGAUUAUACGUUCUACGAGUAAGUCUAGUUUAAAAUGUUUUUCAACAAAUUCAAAAGCCUUACAAGUGUAACAGACAAACAAUGCGUCGGAAAUUAUGUUCCCCCAAAGCAUGUGGAGGAAAUAUAUGUGCAAUUAUUUGUCUAGAAUGUAUAAUAAGGGAUGUCAUAGUAACAGAAUGUUAAGGAUAUUUCAAGACCACGUCGAGAAAUGGAGUUCUUGGCCAACAAAAUUCUAAGAAAGUUUAGAAGCUUGUUGCGGUUUAUUCUUGGAAAAUAUGAUUGUAUUGUAGUUUUUAUUUUAUUUUUGUCAGGUCCAUUUAUAGCAAGUACUGUUGUUGUUUAUAUUUUUUUUGUUAUGUAUUGGUAAUAUGUACAGAAGGUGCGGCUCUGUGUUAAGAAUGAGCCCAACAGGUAUGGUAUUUGUUUUUCGGAAUAUCCUUGGAAAUAACAUGAGUUUGUUUGUCAUGAGUUUGACAAAUUGGAGUAGGUUUCUACCAAACGUACAUCCAGGAAACGUGAUUCUUCAUAAAGAACAUGCCCAGUAAGUAUGUUUUUUGUUUGUUUUUUUACACAGGGUUAUCUCCAGAAUACAUGGUUCUUUGUAGAGAACAUGCACAUCAAGUGUGGGCUUUUACAAGAUUUUCAGAAAAUCUGGCUCUUUGUAAAGAUCAUGUCCAGCACGUAUAUGUUUUUAUUAGUAUUAUGUCCAGAAAAUGUAUAAGUGUUAUUUUUAGAAGAGUGUGCCCAGAAAAUAUUACUAUUUCAGAGGAAAUUGCACAUUAAGUGUUGACUUUUACAAGGAGAAUGCCCAGACGAAGUGUACUUUGUUGAGAACAUAUCCAACAAAUAUUUCAAUUUGCCAAGAGUAUGUCACGAAAAUCCGACUAUUUGUGAACAGAUAUCACAUAUAGGCUUUUACCAGGAGUAUGCCCAAAAAACGUGGUUAUUUUUUAAGAACAUACUUACUAAGUAUUAGAUUUUACGAGGAAAAUGUCGAGAAAGUGUAGGUCUUUAUCAAGACCAUACACUGUAAUUGUGGAAUUUUAUUGGGAGAAUGUCAAGGAAACGAUUUUUCCCUAAGAUCUGAAAUAUACUAGUCACUGCGGUUCUUUGUCAGCAACAGCAAAUGUACAACAAUAUGUUUAGUGUAUGCCCCCAAACUGUUUGUGUUUAUUUCAAGUUAGCACAGAAACUGUUUUUUCUCCUUUGAAGUUUACCCAGAACUGUUGUGCUUGCUUGAAAUUUGCAAAGCAACUGCUUAUGCUCGCCAGAACUGUUUGCACUCGUCCAAGGUCUACCCAGAAAUUGUUUGUACACGUCUGAAAUGCGUUCGGCAAUUGUUUGUACUCGUCUGAAGUAUGCCCUGGAUCUGCUCGUUCUAACCUGAAACGCACCCAGCAGCUGUUUGUAUUCGUCUGAAGUAUGCCUUGAAUCUGCUUGCUCUAACCUGAAAGGCACCCAGCAACUAUUUGUGCUCGUCUGAAGUGUGCCCAGAAACUGUUUGUGUUCGUCUGAAUUGUGUCCAGAAACUGUUUGUGCUCGUCUGAAGUGUGCCCAGAAAUUGCCUGUGUUCGUCUGACGUCUGCUCAGAAUCUGUUUGUGCUAGUAUGAAGUGUGCCCAGCGACUGUUUGUGCUUGUUUGAAGUGUACCUAGACAGAAUAGGCUUUUGUUUAGAGUUUCCAGAAAGCAAAACGUUUGAGAAUCUAAUAACGUCGCAGUGUGACUUUAUACAUAUCUUAAGAACAAAAAUAAACAGAUUCUUUUGUCGUCUAGAAUUGGUCGGUUUUCAAACAAUCACCUAUCAUCUUAUAUAACUGGAUCAUAUAUUCUACUCAAAGUUUCUAGUUAAUCAAAUUAUGAGUGACUGUUCCAUCUCUGUCUUAUGUCACCGUAACAUGUCGCCUUAAUAGAUAGUUAUGAGGCAAAGAACAACAAAUGGAUAAUAGGAUACAUAUGCCUCAAUGUGCUGGUGAAUGUAAAGUUCAACAGAAAAAUAUUUACUAUAAAACCAACCGAUCUUUAUUAGUAAGAUAUUGCUUAUUUAGUAUCAGCUGAGCUUUUAUAGACCUUUUAAAAAUUUGUUUAUACGUAUGUAUUCACAACUGUGUUAUGUGUUGUUAGAACACAAACGUAGAUGGGAAGAUUUGGGAUAUUUUUAAGUAUUAAGAUCAAUUCCUAAUAUAAAUGAAAUAUAUUACAAUAAUUUACCUAAACUUUUACAAGUGAAAAACCUUCACAAACUGCGAAAUUUGUGAAUUCACGAGAUGCGGUUGUGGAGGCAAGAAAUGAUUCCUGAUUUUUAAAAAAAAGAGCUUUAAAAAAAGUUUUAUGUUAUAAAAAUGAAUCAAAUAACACAAUAAGCUAUAAAAUAAAAUAAUGUUGCUAAAAUGGCUUGUGGUAACACAAAUCGAGGUUCAAGACUAUUGACUUAGACUUGAAAUGUAAUCUAAUGUUUAAAUAUAUACAUUCAGUAACGUUAUAAAUAAGUCAUUUUCUUUAUUGGUAGAUUUACGGGCCAACCACAGCCUUCAAUAAAACAAAUGCGCAAUUGUCUAAGAAAAAAUAAUAUUCAGUACAUUUUUAGGCUGUCUUUCAGAAACUUCUAAUUUAUGGAUACGUUUUUUAUUUAAUUAAUUUGCAAAAGUCUUCGAUUUCUUCUGUGUUUAAGGUGUAAGUCUGAAUGUAGGAAUAUACGUUCGAGGUUUUUCUCGGCAGAGAGUUGAUUAACCUAUUGCUGUACACUGCCAUCUAACUAGAAGAUUGUAAAUAAUAUAUUGAUGCUUCUAUAGUGCUUUAAAGUUUUAUUUGUGUUAGUCAAACAAAUCCCUCCUUUUAACUUCUUAAAAAUCAACUAUUGCAAUUGUAUUCGACUAAAUAAAAAAACUCGGCAUGACUGAAAGAGAAAUGUAUAUCUACUCUUAUAAAACAAGGAUUCUUACCCUCCUUUAGCCCAGUUUCUCUAAAGCCGAGAAACCUUUCUCAAAAAUAAAUCGUCAGAAGUGCGUUUUUUAUUCGAUUCAAAAAUUGUUUAGAAAGUGUUUUUCUCAUUCAUAGCCAUUCUAGCUUUAAUAACUUAACAAAAACUCUAAAUUUUUCACAAAGUUUUUUAAUGUAAUUGUUGAAAUUAGCUGUCUGACGUUUGUAGUCUUUAGAACAAUUAUAAAAAAAUUUCCUCGUGCUAGUUACAAAUUUUCUGAUCUCAUUUUUA